CCACCUAACUUCCGGUUAUGUCCCGUUAACUUGACUCUGACUCCAAUGGAAGCUUCGUCUCGCGAACCGAAGGAAACAAUCGAUUCUGAUUUAAGCUUUAAAAAUAGGAGCAUUAUUUAAUUAAACCAGUAAACUUACUACACAUUAAACAUUUCAUCUGAGUCUGUCUUCCCGCCUGUGUGUUUCAAACCCGCUGAUUCACCGUUAAAAGGUUCCGUUGGGCCUUGUUUAUAAACUGAGAAACAGGCCGGAGGAUCUUUAGAAAACCAAAGAAAUGACCCAGAUGCAACAAUGACAUCCAGAUUCGGUAAAACCUACAGCCGUAAGGGGGGGGAGGGCACGUCCAAGUUCGACGAGGUUCUGUCCACCAAGAGAGGCACCCUCAGCACCAAAUGGGGCGACACCACCUACAAAGCCAAGGUGGGCUCAAAGCGUGCCGGAGCGCCCAAAAAUGACUCGAUUCUGGAGGUCUACAAGAGACCCCGUCCGAGCGGAGACGGCAUGGAGGAUCCGUUCGGCUUCGACAGCGACGAGGAGUCCAAGCCGGUGUCGUCUCGCAGCAAGUCGUCCCCCGCUAAACCCAGCGCUGCCGAGCCCCCCCAGGCAGAGAGACCGGGGGCGGGGCUCUCUCUGAACAUGGGGAGCAUGUCCAGCCUUCAGGGGGGGGGAACCCACAGUCUGACGGCCUCCAGAGGGGCCUCCUCGUGGAUGAACAACGACCGGAGCCAGCCCCCCCGGAUUGUGGAGGACACGGCGCGCUUCUUCAACAGCAGCACUGCUACUGCAGGAAAUCCUCCGAGCUCCUCCUCGUCUUCCUCAGAGCCUCAGCACAGCUACUCGUGGUACCUGAACGCCUCGGAGAGCGACAAGAAGCCGCUGCCUCAGACCACCACUUUGAAAACGGGGGCAAAGGCAGAAUGCUCGUACGACUCGUGGGACGACAUCAUGGGUCUCCGCCCUCCGUCCCCCAGCAUCCAGGAGCCUCGAAACCCGGCUCCAACGCUCUCCUGGGCAACAGCCGGAGUUUCCGCACAACAUCAGAAACCCCCGUCUCCCCCACGGAGCCCAAACCUGAGCGAGGACUUCGGGGGAGACUUGGAUUUCCUCAUGGAGACGACGGAUUCCACGCAGAUGCAGACGACCUCCUCCUCUUCCUCCUCCUCGUCUUCGUCGCUGCUCAGGAACACAAACUGUCGGACGUACAGGAGGCCCAACAAGGGAAAAACAUCGGACUCUGUCUCAGAUCCGCCCAAAUCUGCGUCUGACGGAGGUAAUGAUAAGACCACAGUAGAAGGAGGAGAAGGUAGAGGAAGAGGAAGGAACAGAGACUUCACGGUGCUUCCACCCUCCUCCGUGUCCAUGUGUAACGUCACCAUCCAGGACCGGGGGGGGGAGGAGUUCAGUGCGGACGCAGCGCCCUCCAGCGGGAGCAGCGGCGCCGCGUCGGGGAACAACAGCGUGGAGCUGGGAGAGGCCGGGUGGCAACGGAAGAAAACUGAGAUACUAAACACAAGGUUCAAACCAACGCAGACAAAGUCAAAGAAGGACAGUAAGAUGGAGAGUUUCGGUUUCGAAGACGCAGCAGAGGGCCAUCAGGAGGAGACCAACAGCGCCGAGAACAGCUACAAGAUCCAGUACUUCGGCUUCGACGACAUGAGCGACGGAGAAGAAGACGACGAGGACGACAGCGGAGCAAAAGCUAGGAGAAGAGCGAAGAAGGAAGCCGCCGCUCAGCGAGCCCCGAUGGAGCCGAUGGAGGAAACGCCAACGGAAGAACCUCCGGAUCCCUUCGAGGCUCUGGAGAGGCUGGAGGCCCUCGAGAGGACAGAGAGACUCGAGAGGCUCGACAGACCGAGCAAGGAGACCAAGAAGAACGCUGAGAAGGAGAGCAGGAUACGAACAGAGAUCCUUGAUUUCUCGGAGGACGGCCUCAGGGUGGUGGCCCGGGCGCCUCGGCCCCCCCCACCGACCUCCAACAGGGAAGACAGCCGAGAAGAACCCGGACUCCUUCAGGAGGAUCUUCAGCGCACACAAGAAG